AUGCCACGGUCGAAGGGCAAAGGCUGCUCGAUUUGCUCGAAGCGUAGAAUCAUCUGCGAUCUUGGUCAACCAAGCUGCCAGAAAUGUCUUGGCCGGGGAUUUACCUGUCCUGGGUACGCUCCGAGACUCCGAUGGGUUCAGGGCGUGGCUCUUCGUGGCCAUCUUCGAGGUGUCCAAUUCCCUAUACCUGGAUCUACUGCAUCCACCUCUUCGCCAAGUCUUGACAGCAACACUCAGCAACUCUUGGACUACUAUGACAAGAAUAUCGCCGGGCUAAUGGUCUGGAUCGAUUCAGAAAAGAACUAUUACCGUAAGAAGGUUCUACCUUUGGCUCAGACGAAUGAGGCAGUGCGUCUCGCGAUAUGCGCAGUCUCAGCCCAGCAUGCAGCAAGAGACUUUACACCAUCAAGUGUUUAUGAGAAAGACAGAGAUCAUGUCUUGUCAAUGAUCAUGCGUGGUGUUGACGACAUGACCGCCCAUCCCCAGCUUACAGUGACUGCCGAUACAGCAGAAUGGAUGCUGUCGUCGAUGAUGGUCCUGUCAUCCUACGAGCUAGCUCAUACUGGCGGUGCAGAUGCCGCUGAUUUCCAUCGCAAAGCAGCUCGUGCCCUCGUCAACACUUUAUCCACGCUUGACUUUCCUAAAAGUAGCCUUUUCGGCUUCUUGCAGAACCAGCUUUCCAUGUACGAUAUUUUUGCAUGUACUACUAUCCUCGAUGCGACAGAUGUACAAGAUGCGAUUAGACCAGUUGAGUAUCGGGAUGACAAGUCAUUCUCUGCGUUUCUACUCCUUCUUCAUGAUGUGACGCUCAUAUCCCGAGGGGGCUCAGCUCAGGACUCAACUCGGAAUUGGAGGGGUGAGUUUGUUCAGGCGCGAGGGGAAACGUUGAUGGAAGUUGGCAGCAGCGGGGUAUGCUCAACUGCUGAUCGUGGAGACUUUAUACGUCUAGUUGACACCUACCAUAAUGCUGCUCUGUUAUACACUACACGAUGCCUUGGUCAUCAAUAUGGCCCGGAAGAGACCGUCAGCCUGGACGAAUUGUUUCGACUACUGACUAGUAUGGAGAAUCUACAUGGGUCGAUUCAUAACCUCGCAUGGCCAAUCUUCAUUGCCGGGACGGAAUGCUACGGAGAUGACGAUAGGCGAGUCAUAAUAAAGGAUCUCUACCAGAGCUUAUCUGAUGUCACGGGAUUUAAGCACCAUGGGGAUGUUCUUACCUUUCUCGAGAGUUUCUGGUCCAGCGGAGAUACAGACUGGCGCAUACUAGCAAAGCAAUGGGAAAGUCUUGGUAGAAGAAUCCUAGCAGUUUGA